AUGAAAGUCUUCUUAAUAUUACUCCUGGGAAUCAGCGUAGCUGCUGGUUUCGACUUUAACGGACUUCGAGUUACAUUUGGCCCGCUAAAAAAUAUAAAGGAAUUUUUCUUCAAACUCCCGCGUACAACCGCGGAUGCGCAGAUGGAGGGAUGGUGCAAAACUGAACGCCCUCCAGGACCCUUGAAACAGCUAGAGUUAUACUGCGCACCAGAAAAUAAUAUCUGUUUGCUAUAUGAUCUUUCUGGCCGUGUUGCUGGACUACAAAUUGCGUUCCUCGUGGACGCCUUGUGGGCUGCAGUGAUCGACAUUGAGAAGUGGUUCACAAAGUGGACUGUGGCCGCAACUGACAGCGAGCCAGCAAAGGAAUACUGGACCAUCACGCAAUACUAUCUUUCUGAAGAAUCUCUGGAAGAGGAUUGUGGUGUACAAGAUGAUGACUUCUCAACGGUGCGUGAUGCCGGUAUAUGGGUCUACAACCACAGCGGGGAACUUAUGCUUAUCCCACGUUCUGAAGCCGAUAUUAAAUCUAAAACUAUAUUCACUAAACAAAACUGCACUCCUAAAAUGGGUACUCACUACCACUACAAUAUGACGCAGGAAAUGCUCUGUGAAAACCAACUGCCAUGGUUCGCACUCACAAUGGAUGGAGAACUCAUCGGCAGUGGUCUCCAAUUCUUCGGUGAUCUCAGCAAACCGCUCAAAUACAGAGAAUGGUGUGAGAAGUUUGAGGGUAGCGAUGUGGAGAGGGGAGCAGUUCCAAAUGGACCGAAGUGCCUUUACAAAUACGCAGACUUGAAUACCAUUUUUAGUCUUCAUAUUUAUUUCAUCAACGACCCCGAGAAUAUAAAAUGCCGAUUGGAGGACUCAAUCGACCCAAGUACCAUUCCGCAUUACUUUGUUAUAGUGAAAUUCGGCCUGGGAAACCCCUGGUCCGGGACGGACUUCUUCGUUGGAAUUCCGCGCAAUAUUGAUCAAGCUAUUGAAAAAGGCUAUGAGUACACAGAAACUCCAGAAGGAGUCUAUGACGGUCUUUCGCUCUACUGUCCAAAUGGCCGGACUAAGAGUGACAUUGGCGUGCUCUUCGAUACUGGAACUUCUAACAUUGCUGGUAUUAUGAUCAUAUUUGACAAAAAAAGGUUCAGCAAUGAUAUUUUUGACUGGAAAACUCAGGGAUAUAGGUCUAGUUCUUUAAUAACAGACGAUGGAGAUGACUAUGAAUUUUAUUGGACUGCGAUGUACUUCGUUUCUGAAGAACAUUUGAAUAAGCCGGUUGAAGAGCGUAUUGCUAUCCGGUCCCAAAAUGACGAAAUAUUACCAGAAGGAGCGCUAUUUGUCACGGGCUUCGAUCAAAAAAUUGAUCGGAUAUCUGUUAUGGAAGACGAUAUUAAACAAAGUAUCUUUACUGAACAAGCUUGUAUUCCUUGGAUGGGUCGUCACCAUUACUACAACAUGAGCGAAACUACCACUUGCGAAGCAGACACCAUGUAUCCCUGGUUCCCGUUAACAGCCAACAAUAAAAUGGUGGGGAUUGGCCACAUUUGCUUCGGGAAUUAUGCUGUUGAUGAAGUCAGCUUCGAUUGGUUUGAAAAACCAACAAAGCCAGCUGUUCAGUUUCUUUUGUUUCAGGCGAUCGUCCCCCACGGACCACAGUGCCUUUAUGAUAUAACUGAGAACACUGGCAUUGUGACUAUGCACACCUACUUCAUUAACGAUCCCCAUUUCCUCACCUGUAUCUUCCAAUAAAUAUUAUUGACCUUCACUACAGUGCAGCUAUUUUAACAGGCAACU